UUUCGUUUUUUAAUCGAUCGACGAUCGAUCACGUAACGCGUAUCUGUCAUCAAGAAUCCUUAUACUUAUCAAGAAUCGAUAUAAAGUUAUAAAAGUAAGUUGUUGGCCGUUUCGCCGAUCGACGAUUUAUAUUUUAAUCCUCAACCUUCUCCGUCCGGCCAUCUUCGAUUCAUCUACAUAUGUAUAUCUGUUCCUAUAGGUAUCUAUUCUCCUCUCUUCUCCUUUCUUCCCGUUACCUUCGCCUUCGCUGAUCGUACGAGUUUAUUGUCGCCUGUAACUCGUUCGCGAAAAUUGCUUCUGAAAGUAUUUCUCACGGUUUCGUAAAAAUUACGCGAGACGGAAAAAUAUGGUGGGAGUGGGGUUGGGAGGGAGAGAAGUUUUUAAAGAAAGGAGGACAGAAAGUAAAAGAGAAGGAUCGAAAGUGUACGAUUUACUGACGAUAAUAAAUGUAAACAGGACGAGAGCGAGAUGGGUCGGAAGAAGACUCGAAGCAAAGAGUCCCGUUCGCGAGCAAAAAUAUCGAAGGAUAAGCAGAGCUGCGUGGGAUCGGGAAUUGUCGAGGAGAAAGAAGAAAGAAGGGGGCGAGCGGUCGAAGAAAACGCGAACUUACCGAUCGGAGUUUAUGCUCGAUUGACGUAUCCUUUGCUGCCUACUCGUCCUUCGGCGGAGGAUGAAGAGGAAGAAGAGGAGGAGGAGGAGGAGGAGGAGGAGGGCGUAGAGCUGUGCGUCCGGCCACGAUUCGUAUUCGUGUCGAGUCUUUGCGCGGUCUGCUCUGAAAAACGGCAAAUAUAUUGCGACGGUUGUCGAAUGGUGUCUUAUUGUUCGAAGGCGCAUCGAUCGAAAGGACUAGCGGAGCAUCGCGAGUUGUGCGAGGCUUUGAAGGAGAUUCGAGGGUCGAUCGCGACGACACUGUCCAACGGGUCGAGUGCGCGACUGGACCCGGAACAGUAUCGCGCUUACCGAGUUCGGUUGCUCGGCGUACUUCAGUCGAGAAUUCGUAGACCGUUGAAACUUUGGGAAACGGAGAUCGUACUGUAUCCUAUGGUUUGCCGUAGUUGUCGUCGUUUUAGCGAGGAUCUGGUCUGCUGCGCGAACUGCGGGAUGGAAUGUUACUGCGAAGAACACGCGACGAGCCACGAAAUAUGGUGUAAAGAGUUCCGUACGUUGCAACGAUGUUUGCUGCUGCAACACGAGCACGGUUCGGUGAUUCCAAGAAUCCCGAACGUGCGUCGAACGAUCGAAAUCGCGCGAGCGGAUCUUGACUUUGACCAAUUGAUGGUUCGCGUCUACGGAAACGAUCGAUAUUACCGCGAGAUGGAUUGCUACACGUAUUCCGUGUUGUCUCACGUCUGCACGAUUCCGUUGACGGCCCUUUACGCUACGCAAAUUUCUUCUCCGGACUGGUCGAACAAAACCGAUUGGACGAUACACGUGAUCGGGGCGGAAUUUCACUUCGAGGGGAUUAACUUGCAUGUCUGGGAAAAAAUGUUUCUUCAUUUUAUACCGAAUCUGAAGAGGCUACUCGUCGCGCUGAUCGGUCCGGAAUUAAAAUUACCGAGCGGUGUGCCUGCCGAAGUUCUAUCGAAGGUAAAACUUUGUCGGGAGUGCAAAUCUGCCGGUAGAACCGUGAUCGUUCGAUUUCAACCGGAAACGCUUUAUCACGAAUUAAAUUGGGGGUCAAGGACGAAAUCGAACAUCGGCGAGGCUGAUCUGAUUUGCAUUUUCAAUCCCGGCCUUUAUCGGAAAACUGGAUUCGCGGGUCAAGAUAGUUGGUUCGAGACCAUCAAAGAAUUUUGCGGACGAUCGACCCCGGUUGUUAUUACCUCUUACACCGUGGACGAGAUGCACUGGGAAAUAGCUCGAUUAAAGUCCAUAACGGACGUCGAGGUUCUUUUAGAACCGCGACAAAAUCCGUUUGCUUCGAUCAAGCCGGAUCGAAACUUUGUUACCGAUCACUCGAAUCCUCUUAUUUAUAAGAAUUAUUACGUUUCCAUCGUUCGAGGAAAACCGGCUCCCUCGUGAUUCGAUAAUUCGGUAAUUUG